UUGUUUGGUGAGCCUUUUGCCUACUCUUCUUCUACUCCAAGCAAAAAGCUUCUCCCCUUCAUCUUCUUCUUAUGAUGCUUACCACAUAAAUAGAUAGAUAUAGUUGCUGAAUUCGUUUGUUUCAUUGUUUGUUGUUGUUGUUGUCGCAGAUCUUCAAUCCAAAUGGCUCGCAAGAAGAUCAGAGAGUACGAUUCCAAGAGACUUCUGAAAGAGCACCUAAAACGUCUAGCUAAUAUUCAUCUCCAGAUCUGCUCUGCCCAGGUGACACAAUCCACUGAUUUCACUCAGUUAACAAACCAAGAACCAUGGCUUUCAUCCACCAGAUUGGUUGUUAAGCCAGAUAUGUUGUUUGGGAAACGUGGAAAGAGUGGCUUGGUUGCUCUCAAUUUAGAUCUUGCUCAAGUUGCUGAAUUCGUCAAAGCACGCCUUGGCGUUGAGGUUGAGAUGGGUGGUUGCAAAGCUCCUAUAACCACAUUCAUUGUUGAACCUUUUGUCCCCCAUGAACAAGAGUAUUACCUUUCAAUAGUCUCAGAAAGGCUUGGCUCAACCAUUAGCUUUUCAGAAUGUGGAGGCAUUGAAAUUGAAGAGAACUGGGAUAAGGUUAAGACCAUUUUCCUUUCAUCUGAGAAACCUAUGACCCCCGAGACGUGUGCGCCAUUGAUAGCUACACUCCCUUUGGAAGUUCGAGGGAAGAUUGGUGUCUUCAUCAUGGGUGUCUUUUCUGUCUUUCAAGAUCUUGACUUCAGCUUUCUGGAGAUGAAUCCAUUUACGCUGGUGAAUGGAGAACCAUACCCACUGGAUAUGAGGGGAGAGCUGGAUGACACUGCUGCAUUCAAGAACUUCAAUAAGUGGGGUAACAUAGAGUUUCCUCUGCCUUUUGGAAGAGUCCUGAGCCCAACAGAAAGCUUCAUUCAUUCAUUGGAUGAAAAGACGAGUGCAUCCCUGAAAUUCACUGUUUUGAAUCCAAAAGGGCGUAUCUGGACAAUGGUUGCUGGAGGUGGUGCCAGUGUCAUAUAUGCUGAUACUGUUGGAGAUUUAGGUUAUGCAUCAGAACUGGGCAACUAUGCGGAGUAUAGUGGAGCUCCAAAUGAGGAGGAGGUCUUGCAAUAUGCAAGAGUUGUUAUUGAUUGUGCCACUGCAAACCCUGAUGGUCGUAAGAGAGCCCUUAUCAUUGGAGGUGGCAUUGCUAACUUCACUGAUGUUGCUGCUACUUUCAAUGGCAUUAUUCGAGCAUUGAGAGAGAAGGAAGCCAAGUUAAAAGCAGCAAGAAUGCACAUCUAUGUUCGAAGAGGUGGACCAAACUAUCAAACUGGUUUGGCAAGGAUGCGUACUCUUGGAGAGGAACUGGGAGUACCACUUGAGGUUUAUGGGCCCGAGGCCACGAUGACUGGCAUAUGCAAGCAGGCAAUAGAUUGCAUUAUGUCUGAAGCAUAGACACAAUUUGGUAUUCUUUCAUGAAGCCAUAAUCUGGCUGGGACUGUUGUAGACUGAAAUAAUCAAAAUACAGAGUUUCUCAUCCUUUUCUUCGUUCUUCGUCUUCACUCUUGAAAAAUUUUGAAAGUGUUGUGCAAUAAACGUGAAACAUGGUUGUAUGGAUGUAGCAUGAACUUUUGCUCCUUUAUUGGUCCUUUUUUAUUUUUUUGUUGGUACUUUGUUCUUUGAGCAUUGAACGUUUGGAUGAGAGAAAGAGAACGUUUCUAAUGGUUUUGCUUCUAAUCUGUUGAAAAAUGUUUCAAUUAAAAGGAAAUGCAAUCCCCAGUCUUUUGCUGAUGCAAAAAUGUCGGGUUUUUUAUUUAUUUAUUUUUGUUUUGAAAUUAUAGGGGGCUAG